AUAUAUUGCCUAUGAUCUAUUGUCUGUGUGUUUAUCUUUAGAAUCACUAUUAAGUAUUAUUAUUUACAGAUUUUUUACUGGUUCUUAGAAUAGAAAUGUAUUAAACUAAGUUUAGAAUAUUAAGUAAAGAUUUAUAUAAUAGUAAGGAUACUUAUAGAAAGGAGAACUGAACUGCUGUGUUUUGAAAUAUGGACCGAAACAAUAUGAGAUCAAGUUACGUGAACAGUGGAUCACGAUCAUUACCACAUAUGGGUGGGAAUAAACGCCACAAUGGAAGUGGACACAAUGGAAAUGGCCACAGGGAUAAUGGGCAUAAUGGGAAUGGACAUAACAGUGCACGGUUGAGUCCACCAGCUCAGACAUCACCAGGAAACUCACAGAACAGUCAACAUGAUGAUCUCAUCAACUAUAUAUAUGAUUCUUGGAAUAAGGUGACACGGGACAUAAGCACCGAAGAGGCUAGAUACUACCAAGACCCGUUAGGGCCUCGGCAGCUGGCUAACUUCAGACCGUUCAAUCUGGAGGAGUGGUGGGCACGUCGCCUUGUUCAGAGCAUAAACCGUAACAAGCAUCGAUCUUAGUUUGAAAAUGAUGUUAUAUAUAGGUGAAUUAUCUUCUCAUUGUACAGACCUUAAUUGUCAUUCUUAUUCUUAGGAUAAGCAUAGAUUGAUUAAAUCACGGCAAAGGCAACAGCCGUAAUAUAACUCAAUCAAAUCAAAUAAUAUGACACUAUCAAAUUAAAUCAAAAUAUCUUUAUUCAUAUUGGUCUAAUAAAAAGUCCCUUAUAAGCCAAAUCCAUUACGAGCUAAGAAGUCCUGAUAAGAAACUCAGCUGUUACUCUUGUCAAAUAAGCUUCUACAUGAUUGCAAAAGUACACAUUCAAAUUAAAAUUCUAUUACGGAGUAGUGACCACGAGCAUACGCUAAUGCAUUUUUGUCACACCCCACAAGCACCAGUUCACUUGUAUCACGGAUGAGUCAGCCAUCUUUGUACUCAACCUUAUUAAUGUGAGCACAGUGACUAUUUAAAAGUACUUAAGUAUUUUAAUAAGAUUAUUUAUUUUAUUCUAAUCGUAUUGCAUACUUAAUAGUGCGCAAUUAUCUUGUCAAAUCUUCACGCUAUCAUGUGUAAGCGCCGCCUUUUAUUUUUUAUAUUAUUGGAUGCGUGAGAAAAUGUUUUAGAAAUUAGAUUGAAAAGAUUGAGUUUAUGGGAAGAUUGUUUGACUUUAUUACUUGUAAAAUAUUAAACCAUUAAAUAUUAUUGUUGAAAUUCACCUUGCGAUGAAUAGACUGACGUGAAUGUGAAGUUAUAAA